AUGGCAUUCCGAAAGCGAUCCAAGUCGAGGCAAGAGCAGAAAGCUGAUGAGGGUAAUGGUUUUGAUGAGGGCUCAAGUACAUCAGACUCGGAUAGUAGUGAUAAUGUCUCGGAAAGUCUUUCUGAUAUUGACGAUGCCGAGAUUUCUCCAUACCUACUAACCAAGAAGGAGGCACUGUAUAAAACCAUCAUCUGGGAAGCAAUGCACAAGGAUUAUGUCGAGAAAAGAAGUACUAGAAAAAGAGCCAGAAAAGCCAAGGAAGCUGGUCCUCGGAGAAAGGCAGCCAAAACUUCUACCAAGAAAUCGGAUGAAGGGCAUAGUAAUCUUGCACCGGAAGUCAAAAAAGGACGGAGUUCGAAAAUCAACUAUAAUGCCAUAAAUGAAGAGGAUUGCAGGUUGGAAGAAGGUUUGGAGUCUAACGAGAAAGUCAUCGGUGCAGAGGCUCAAGACGGACAAGGCUAUUAUGAUGAUAAUUAUGAGUCUGAGCAUGAAAACCAGUACAAUGAAGAGGACGAGUCUUAUUAUGCAAAUGAUGAUGGUGAUGAUAACGGGCACAAUGAUGGAUGGUUCUGA